GGAUAAUGUUCUACUUGGAUGGCAGGAAGCGAGUGGGAAUAAAUCUCAGAGGAAAGUUGAGAUUUCAGCAAGCUAUUAGCUUUGUGUUGGCCAACCUGGCAGGGACAUCCCGGUCAACGCUGCAAAGGUGCUUAAAAGUAGACUAUUAACUCACGAAACAAAGGGCCACAAUUUAUAACAGGAUCCAAUUUCAGAAAAGUAUCAAAUUCUUUUAAUGAAAAACUUAAAUUGGGUUAUACUUCUCCUCUCUAUACGUGUGUGACCUAAACAUUUCUGCCUGCCAUAGAGCCAAGUGUUGAGCAAAAAUAUAAGUGAGUACGGAAAUAAGAGAGUAAACGCUGGUCCAAAGGGGGAGAGGAUAGCGUUUUACUGGAUUGUCUUUCUAGAAGAUUCAUAAAAUAAUCAUAAGGAAACAUCUUCUUAUGCUUGUAGUUUCAAUUCUGAAUGAAAACAUUACGAGCAAAUCUCUCUGGGACCCGAAAAAGAGGCAGCAGGAAAUGUUACCCGACGAGUUUUCAUUAAAAUUCAGCAAGAGGCAGGCUCCGUGAGAGGUUAGAUUAUUGGCCGGCAGGCGCGUGGACACGCACACACACACGCACGCACACACACGCGCACACACACACACACACACACACACACACACACACACACACACACACACACACUUCACAGCUGGUGUGCCUUCCUCCAGCAGAGACUGACAGAAGCGGGGCGACCGCUCUAAGCUGCGAGCGCUCAUCUCUCUUCUCCUCCACCAGCGCGUCUUUUACUGUUGACAUAAAAACUUUGAAGAGGUGAGAGGCGAAACGUCAAAACGCCGACAAAUCACCGUCGACAGCGUGCAUCAACAAAGAAAAAAAGAAGGAGGGGAAAGAAAAGAACCAUCAAGUCCGAGAAAGCGGUGGAUCCGGGAGAAAGAGGGAGCUAUGCCAUCUCCCGUUGAGCAGAGCCCAGUCCUCCUCUGUUGUGUGUCGGAGCUACAGCAUGGUGUCUCUCUCUGGACUCUGGACCUACUGCCUCGCCCCCGGGAGACCUCAUCUCCUCUUCCUCACUGCACGACCGCUCCUGCUGCUUCUUUUACUAACCGCGUUCUCCUCCCCGGAGCCCUGCUUCCCGCACCCUCAGCCUUGCCACAUCCUCGCCCGGAUAGGACACACCGUGCGUCUGGGUGCGCUCUUGCCGACCCGUCAGCCGGCACGGAUACAAAACGCGCUCAACCGCGCCCUGGCUAGCCUCCGCCACCAGAGUGGAGGGGCAGACUCGUCCACGACAACCUCCCAAACACCUCCACUGCUGCCCUACAACCUGAGCCUUGAGAUGGUGGCUCGAUCGCCUGCGGGAGGGGACCCGGAGUCGUUGUCCCGUAGCGCCUGCGAGGACCUGGUGGUCAGAGGGGUAUCCGCUGUGCUUGCCUUCCCCCGCUCCAGGGAGGAGCUGAUCCAGGUGGAGUUCCUCUCAUCUUUCCUGGAAAUCCCCUUCAUCUCCAUCCUUGAGGACACAGAACCUCUUGUCACUAAGAACCGAUUCCACCUGCAGAUGUCUGCUCGUGUGCCUCCAUCAGCCCUGGGCGGCCUGCUGUUGGCAGUGCUGCAGGGAAAAGACGGAGACAGGGGAAGCCGUGGGGAAGGCAGCUGGGGAGGAGCUAUUGUGAUCUGCCCCGGGUGGGAGGAAGGGGGUGAUGGGCUGCUGUCUCACCUGCAGACCCACAGCGGUUCUACCUGGCAUUUGUGGGAUAUUAUUAACCUGACUCGCAUCUCUGCGGGUGGGGAUAGAAGAGGGGAGAGCAGUGAGGAGAGGAGGGAGGAUCAGAGGGAGGAGGAGGCUUUGAAAAUCCUCUCCACACGUUUCCUGCGCUCCCCAUCUCCCAUCUCCUCUGUUGUCCUCCUGGGCUCUGACCCCGAGUGCGUUUCCUCUGUCCUGAGGGCCGCUCAACGCCUCGCACCAUCACUACCGGCCCUGCAGUGGAUCAUGGGAUAUCCCUUGUCUCCAGAUUCACUCCACACUCUAGGAGGUCCCCUCGGACUGUUAGCCUAUGGGGAGGUCGGCCGCAAGCCAAUCAGCUUCUACAUCCGGGAUGCUUUGCAGUUGAUCGGCCGUGCUGUCACUGCUGCGACCAUGGUGAGGCCGGACUUGGCGCUGAUUCAGAACAUGGUGAAUUGUUAUGACAAACCAAACCGACAUGAGCUUUCCUCUUCAGGACAAUAUCUGGCCAGGUUUCUCUCCAACACGUCCUUCACUGGCGCCACGGGCUUGAUCCAGGUGGAUGCUGGCCUGUCUCGGGUCUUAUCCUCCCAGCUGUUCCACAUAUGGAGCCUGAAGAGGGGUGCUCUUGGCCAGCCAGCUUGGGUGACUGUAGGCCAGUGGACUCGCGGCAGGCUUGAGUUAGAAGGGGGGAUCCUGGGACUGGUGGGAGGGUUCUGGAAUAGCCAGGGACAAGGUCUUGGAGCUGGGGUGAGGGGAGGGGAUGGCCAGGGGGACAGUAAUGUGGGAGGACGCUGGAGACCGGGGCUUUCCGUUGAGGGACACCGCCUAAGGGUGGUGACACUGGUGGAACACCCAUUUGUUUUCACACGGGAAGUGGAUGAAGAUGGCUUGUGCCCAGCUGGUCAGCUUUGUCUGGACCCCAGAACGAAUAGGUCUGACAUAAUCCAGAACCUCUUCAACCAGCUGCACAACCCAAACAGUACAACUGCAGAAUGGGAAAGCAAUGAUCUACCAGAGGACCUGAGGAAGUGCUGCUAUGGAUACUGCAUCGACUUGUUGGAGAAACUGGCAGAGGACAUGGGUUUCACCUUUGACCUUUAUAUUGUGGGAGACGGCAAGUACGGUGCAUUGAGCGGGACAGGACGCUGGACAGGACUGGUCGGAGACCUGCUGAGUGGAACUGCUGACAUGGCUGUCACCUCUUUCUCAAUCAACUCUGCUCGGAGCAGAGUCAUCGAUUUCACCUCGCCCUUCUACUCCACCAGCCUUGGCAUUCUGGUUCGUAGCCGGGACACUGCAGCCCCUAUAGGAGCCUUCAUGUGGCCUCUGCAUUGGUCCAUGUGGGUGGGCAUUUUUGUCACGCUGCAUCUCACCGCACUCUUCCUCACCUUGUACGAGUGGAACAGCCCCUUCGGCAUGACACCCCAUGGCAGGAACCGGCUGCGUGUCUUCUCCUACUCCUCUGCCCUAAAUCUCUGCUACGCCAUACUGUUUGGACGCACUGUCGCCACCAAGACUCCUAAAUGCUGGACCGGACGCUUCCUGAUGAACCUCUGGGCCAUCUUCUGCUUACUGGUGCUGUCCAGCUACACGGCCAACCUAGCUGCAGUCAUGGUCGGGGAGAAGACCUUCGAGCAGGUCUCGGGAAUUCACGACGACAAGCUGCAUCAUCCAUCCCUGGGCUUCCGUUUUGGGACAGUGAGGGAGAGCAGUGCUGAGGAUUACAUGAAGAAGAGCUUCCCGGAGAUGCAUGACUACAUGAGGCGCUUCAAUCAGCCUACCACCCCAGAAGGCGUACAUAUGCUAAAGACAGAUCCUCCUGCCCUGGAUGCGUUCAUCAUGGACAAAGCCCUGUUGGACUUUGAGGUCUCCAUUGACGCAGACUGCAAACUGCUCACUGUGGGGAAGCCUUUCGCCAUAGAAGGCUACGGCAUUGGCCUGCCCCAGGGCUCUCCUCUAACCCGUAAUGUGUCGGAGUUCGUGAGUCGCUACAAGUCUGACGGCUUCAUGGACAUGCUACAUGACAAAUGGUAUAAGGUCGUGCCCUGCGGGAAGCGAGUCUUUGCUGUCACUGAGACUCUACAGAUGGGGAUCCAGCAUUUUUCAGGCUUGUUUGUGCUUCUGUGUAUGGGGGUGGGUGGAGCCUUGCUGACCUUGGCAGGUGAACACACCUUCUAUCACCUGGUCAUCCCCCGCCUCCGGCGCACAAACACACUGCAGUACUGGCUGCACACCAGCCAGAAAAUUCACCGAGCCCUCCACACCACAUAUGAGGAUGUUGGGAAGGAGCUGACCGGCCUCGAUGAAAACCCCUCCUCUUGUAUCUCAGAGAACUGCACCCUGCACAGGAAACAGAAUCAGCCUCCUCCACCAUCACCUCCCACAUCUGUCAAUGCUUCCACUACAGCUGGAGACACUUGCAGCUCCUCACCAUCCCAUGAGCCCAAGGAGAAACGCGUGCACUUUGACCUGGAAACCCUCCAUAGCUACCGGCUCCGCACACACACCGCCUCAGUGCGUGGCAGGCCCGGUAUGGUCGGCCGUCCUGGUCUUGGACUAGGAGGACUGGGGCUGGGCAACCUAGGGAGCUUUGCCUCCCCUCCUCAGAUAAGCCUCCAUGUCAACGGGGGCCCCGUCUCUACACUGGCCUCCACAGGCUUGGUGCUCUCGCCCCUGGGAAGGGCUGCCCAGACCAGCAUGUGGGAAGGGGAGCUCCAGGACCUGCAGGGCAAGAUCGAGACAUUUCGUACCCAGCUGAGGGAAGCCCUGGCCAGGAGAGCUGAGAUCCAGAGCAGCCUGGAGAGAGAGAGGAGCGGAUUUGUCCGCAGGGAUACAAGUUUGGAGAGGGAAAGGGACAGACAGAGGAUACAAACUAUUAACACAGACAGAAGUAGCUCCACUCAGCCCAAACUCCCUGAGAGGGACAGGACCAGCCAGCUGCAAACCCUGAAUAAUCAACAGACAGGGAGGGCUAACCAAUCAGGCGGCCCUGUGACUCUAGAGCAUGGGAGAAGCAGCCAGUUAAACACAGUCAACAGUUUGGACAGAGGGAGAGCCAACCAAUUGCGCUCCGUUAAUACCUUGACAGGGGAAAGGACUGUCCAGUCACGCACUUCCACCAGUUUGGAGCGAAGUCGAGUCAACCAACAAGGUGCUGGAAAUGUAACUGUCCAAUCACGGAACACUUCUAGCCUGGACAGACAGAAGGCUAACCUAUCAAGCACUUUGGAGAGGACAAAAGCCAACCAAUCAAGUGUAAGCGGUGGGACUUGAUUGUCUUUCUGAAGCACUUGCUAUGUAGGAAUGCAGAGGGAGUAUUGCAGUUGGUGCUUGCAUACCUGUGGGAAGAUGGCUUGGUUUGAGCAGGUAUAUUACAGUAUAUGUUAACUCACACCGUUACUUACUGCGACCUAAUAAUUUUCACAUACAGAAUUAUUUCCACACUGUCUUACAAUUACAUCUAAAAACCUUUAACUGCAAUUUAAGAACAAUAAAAUGUCUGCAUUAUCCAUGAAAUCAUAAAUAAGCUAUGUAAUCUUGUGGAGUGAAGGAUUCCAGUAAAAUCUCAAUAUAUUUUCACAAGAAGUUGAUUAGGCCAUCUGGCACUGCUCAUCACAGUGCUAAUUAAGGAGACCAGUGGCUUGCAUGAGGAACUGUCAGCCACAGCUGUCUGACCAACACAAGCCUAUCAGCUGAAUAAAAGUACAGCCUGUUACAGGCUGGAGAGCCCUACAAGCACGUAGGGACUUUAGCGCCAAGAGCACAGCAAAAUCAAAGCUAACCCAAUGUGAACAAACAGCUAAUAAAACUAUGCGGAAAUGCAAAUGCAACAUUUGUGUUAGCUGAGUGCCAGCAGCAGAAGGUGAAGAUGCAAAAAAACAUUUGAAGUAAUUAAUAAUUUCCCAAAAAUGUGAAUGAAAAAGAGGAUCGAACAGUGAUACAGCUUUAAAUCAGUGUACCUAAAGACCCCACAAAAUUUCACUAGCACCUGCGCUAUCUUGUAUUUUUGUGUUUAUUAUCCCACCAUGUUCAAAACACCGUUUUGGAUAUUUAUAUAUAGUAUAAUUUUACCAUUGUAAAAUGUGUCAAAACUAAAAACAGGUAUACUGCAAAUUGAGCCAAAUUGAGCCAACUCCCAAAGCUUUGAGAUGGUAAUUUCCUUCUGUAAUUUGAUGGGUUCCAUAUAAAAAAAAAAAAAAACAAACUGAAAAAGGUUUGUUAAACUGUCUGUAGUGGAAUGGAUUCCAGCCAUUUGGAUCAAAAUACAUGCACUGUCUAUAUGGGCAGUGUUACUUGCCAUAAGAAGUACUCAGCCUGUGGAAACAAAGCUAUAAUGACUUCUGUGGCUCUCAAAUGAGCUUUAAGUCUGGGAAAAUAACCCUCAAAAUGAUCAUUUGGAGACUACACAACUUUCUAAGAACUCCUUAAUUAAACAUCAAGCUCAACAAAACUUAUAAGAAGAUGUUAUAGGGAAAUGUAGGAACCGCCAUUUUUUGAGUCACCAUUUUAAUCAUCAGGUUAUCUCAGCCUCUGACGCCUCUGUUUUGAUUAUCCUUUUUUACACUCAGUGUCUUAUGAGUCCCACUACUUUAACAAUGACGAAUGACGAAUGAACAGAAUCACUCCCUAUAAGUUAAAAUCCAGCUAUUCUCCUGUAUUGGAUGUUUUUUUCAGAGGUAAACACAGCUGAUCAUUCCAUUAAUUACAGGACAACCUUAACAAUUAAUGUGUCAAUUGUUUCCAUUUUCCAAAGUGCUGUAGUCGAUGUCUAAACUUUGUCUUUAAACUGAGACACACAAAACUACAGAACAAAAUUACAAUCUCAAAGUCUUUUCGCAGAGCCUUUUAAAACAAUUGUAUAUCUGAUUAGAUUGUGGCCUUGGCCCCUCAACAACUGCCAUCAGUUUGUACUGAAUUUGUUCACCAUGUUCUUUACUGAAGGAAGUUAUGAGUCUGGCAACAAUUUUGUGCUCAGUGGCUGUAUUGUGCAUGAUUUCACACAGUAAGAUGGGGAGGAUUACAAUUGACUUGCGCCCUGUGGAGCGGAGAGAGCUCCAAUAAGUGAGGCCUCAUGUUGUUUUUGUUUGUUUUUACAUCAUUUCAAUUAGAUGUACUCUUUUGAAAUUGUUUCUACUCAGAUAAUGCAUUUUUUUUCUACUAAAACAAAGUUAAGUAAGUUUCAUACCUCGAGUCAAUAAUCUGGAAUCUGAUGAGAGAGGGUUUUCACAGGCUUGACUGCAUUGGGACUUAUUUCAUUUAACCACCAGAGGGAGCUACUUCCCUGCUUCCUGCAGCUAUGGACGAUGGCGAGUUUGUGGAUUGAGUUUUUACUCCAGCUAAACCACACUGACAUAAAUAAAUGUAAGCAACUGACUGAUGGAGAAACGGUGACAGAUGGAAGCUGCGUUGUACUGAGACGCCGAGGACCAGGGGGAACGAAGGCCUUUAUGAAAUCACUCCAGCACUAUACAAUGUUGGGAAUUUCACCGGCCCACGAGUCUGAGAUCCACACUGAAGGGGUUUUUGAUGACACUGAUGUACAUUUAAACGUUUCAAACUUUGCUGUGGUGUGAAGUGGUUGUGUUCACAUGCCAUGGUGUCUCUGAGGAAAAAAAAAACUAUAUUUUAGGUCUUUAAUGAGAAAGAGCUUGUGGUACUGGAUAUUUAAACAAAUGCUUUUAAAGUUACCCCUUAUAAAAAAUUAUAUCAGCAUAUUAUUGAAUUUUAUCAUAAUGACCAUUCUCAUGUUUUGAAAUAAACAUUUAUAUAGAUAUUUUCUGGCAUUAUCUGAUAUUUUCAGUGUUAACCUUUAUUUUAAAAAGGGAUGUCCGAAAACAGUGACAACAUU